UCGUCUCAACAGCCAUUUCUGCACUUAUUCCAACUACAGCAACCUUGAGUGUUCUUAAUUUGUCGGAUAUCUUACUUCAACAAGGAAGGCAAGCAAAGUUGUUCUUCACAGCGCUCAGUGCGAACACCACAUUGCGAGAUUUAUCGCUAUCCUACAAUGCAAUUCGAGAAGAGCCUUCUUCUUUCGUUCAGUUUCUUGCCAGUAACGCUACCCUGCAACGUUUGAUGUUGAAGGGUAAUUCAAGAGUUGACGACUACACUCUGAAGUAUACUUUCGCAGGUAUGCUUAUGAAUGGGGCAAUCUGGAGUUUGGAAGUCGACAACUUCAUUUUGGAUUCGGAAAGCGUUAAGCUGGGAGCGCGGUUGCUGAGAGAAAACAAAGUAUUGAGAUACUUUAAGUUUUCAACGCGUGCCACAACACAUCGUGGCCGUUUGAUGACAGAGCAUUGCCGCCAAGGGAUUCCUGGUAACAUAGGCGCAUGGCAUGAAGCGGUUUCGCAGAACAACACGCUCCAAUAUAUGACGCUGAGUUUCGGCAUUUGGAAUGCGGAGCACUGGGGAUCAUUCUUUCGCAUUUUGCCAAAACACAGAAGCCUCAAGAUGGUGACCAUUGACGUGAAAGACAUGGAAUACGCUCACUUGGGUGGUGUCGUCAGGGAACUCGAACUAAGCGGCAGUGAAGAGAAAGUUUCAUUCAACGCUCCCUGCAGGAUAGACACAUUGGCGCUUUCUGAUUGCAAGCGCUGCUCUGAACUUGAGGCAUAUGUGCGGAUCAACAAUGAACACGAAAUCCUUCCAGUUUUCGAACAGCUUCCUGCUUUAUCCCACUUGAAUACUUUGAGCCUGAGAAUAGAGCACUGGAAUAGCGUGAUUUGUUCGCUUGUUGCUCAAUACAUAGCAACCACAUCCGUGCUCCGAAAGCUCCACAUUCAGUUACAUUUGGAAUCCUACCCGCGCGAAUCGGUCGAGUGGUUUCUAGCACUUUCUCAGUCGCUGCGGCUCAACCGAAGCAUCACUGAGCUUGGCAUUGGCGCUUGUGACAGUCCCCCCGAUGAUGUCGCAGUCGUGGGCGAAGCGGUAAGGCGAAGCGCGACGAUCCGAAAGAUCUGCAUAUUGGAAUGGUCUGCACCAGCACUUCUCAGCUUCAUGCGUGGUCUGAGCGCCGGCAUAGUCAAGAACCGCACGCUGUGUGACACCGCCUCGGACUAUGAUGAGUGGGCUUAUAACGUGGAAGGAUGGUUCGCCGUGUACGACACGGCGAGGAGGAACUCGGGUUUUGUGGCACGAUCAGCUCAGUUCCUGAACCACGGACGCUGCGACAGGCACUGCGCUGCAGGUUUGGAUCGCGUCUCCCGUCAUCCAGCGCUCCUGGCGGAGCUCGCCGAAGUGCUGUCCAUCGGCCAGGUCGAGGCAGCGGACUUGGUGCAACGACGGUUCCAAAGAAUAGAGGGUUUGCAUGACUUCAUGCGACUGGCCGGAGUCGUCAAAGGGCGCGUCACGUGUCUGCCACGUGAGGAUCGACGAACGCAACUGGACGAACUCACCGAUGACUGCUGGGCCCACGUGAGACGCUACCUGGAGCUGGAUGACGUACCACAUAGCUCUGCGUCUCCAUCGAGUCCGUAGGCACGUUUUAUUGGCACCGGAGUUACAGCGUGACAGACAUACCGCGGCGCACAAUAUCCCCGGAAAUAAUUCACUCCUAUUGCUUAGUUUAAUAAUGUUUAUGCAGUGGUUUGAAGCUUGUAAACCCAUUUUUGUGAUAGCGCUAUUUUUUCAGAAUUUAUGGCGCAUGUUACUUUCUCUUUAACAUAUAAUUAAUAUAAUGUCUGAGUGUGGCUCUUCCGCCAACUAGACGUCAGAUUGGACACAUUAUUUUCUAAUACUGUGAGCGGAGCUUUUCGUGUUCCUGUUUGUUUGUAUGAAGAAUUCGUGGCAAUAAAAGUUAACGAAGAAAAAAAAAUCUGACUACUGCUCGUAAGUAUCCCAAAAUAACCUGGACGCACCCAAAUUAGGCAGCCAGGUCAUUCCGCGCCAAACGUACUAGCCGGAAGUUCUAACAAGUUCUAAUUGAAGCACUGCCAUAUCAAUUAUAUUGCAUUAAAAAAAGGUUUUGCCUGUUUGAGUGUCAUUUUAAUUGU